GGUUGAAAGACAAAAAUAUGAAUUGAGACGGGGCUACAUUUAUUCAUCCUGAUGCCAAAAAUCAAAUCCGAGCAUUUGGCUCCCUAAUUACUCUUACACCUUGUUUGGAUAAUUGUUACCGUUUCACUCUGCAUUCCAAUCCGCCGUCUUUUACCGGUCGUACGACGACGUUCGCACCGGCGACUCUAUCUGCUCAUCCAUUCCAAAUUUACGGGAAAUGCAGCCCCUAUUACUUGUGUCGGAGGAAUCUCAAAUUCUUCUUCGGAUACUGAACGGGAGUUUUCAAACCCUAGACGUCAUCAAAGAUCGCAUUGUUCACGCUUUUGUCGAUUUAUUCUGUUCAAAAGCUAAUUUGGAUGUUAUCGGCAUGAGACAAGAUAAUGUAGUGCAAAGUGUGAAUCGGGUGGAGAAAAGAUCAGAAGAUUGGUCGUCUAAGGAGAACGAUUCAAAUGGAGAAGGGGAUUCGACAGCAGGUUUCAACGUGUUGGAUGCGAUGUUAAAGCAUAGUUUGGAUCGUCUGAAGAGUAUGAGGGAAAGAAUAUCCUCAGCAGAAGGCAUUGAUAACUGCACCUUGGGAAUAAAUUUUGAUAAAGAUGCAUAUGUUAUUAGAGCAAUGUGUCUGGAUGGUAAACUGGGAGAAGCUUUAUCUCUUUGGUGCAACAUGAUACAAAAUAGUUUUGUUCCUCAUAUUAUCACACAUAAUUACCUCAUCAAUGGACUGUGCAAAAAGGGUGAAUUGGAGAAGGCAGAAUGGAUUGUUAGAGGUAUGUUAUGUAGGGGUCCUUCUCCCUCUUGUGCUACGUACAACUCUUUGAUAAGGGGUUAUUGUCUCAUGAAUGAUUUCGAUAAAGCUCUAAAAACCUUUUCUACCAUGGCCAACCAUGGAAUUAUGCCAAACAGAGUUACUUGUAAUAUCCUUGUUCAUGCGCUUUGUAAGAAGGGCUUGGUGGAGGAGGCGAAAAAGCUUUUUCAUAAAUUACUAAGCAAAAAUUAUGAGGGGGGGAGCCCAGAUUUGAUUACAUCAACUAUAAUGAUGGAUGGCUGUUUUAAAAAUGGAGAUACUGAUCAGGCCCUUGCUUUUUGGGAGAGGAUGUUAAAAGAGGGUACGAAAGUCGAUAAAGUUUCUUACAAUGUUGUUGUCCAUGGAUUCUGUAUGAGCCAUGAUGUGGGCACUGCAUAUAAGUAUUGUUGUGAAAUGCUAAAGCUUGGUUUCGUUCCAGAUGUUUAUUCGUACAACACUAUUGUUGGAGCACUUUGUAAAAAGGGAAUGACCAGGGAUGCUUGUUAUAUCUAUGAUGUUAUGAGAAGAAUGGGUGUCAUCCCAGAUCAAAUUACGUACAAAAUGAUAAUACAGGCCCUAUGUAUUAACAGGGAGAUUGAUAGAGCCAAUUGUUUUCUUGAUUACAUGUUAGAGAAUUCUAUUAUACCUGAACCACUUGUUUGGAAUGUUAUUAUUGAUGGUUAUGGAAGAUGUGGAGAUAUACAAAAAGCUUCAUAUAUUAGAGACAAAAUGGUUGCAAAUGGUGUUCUACCAAACAUAUAUACAUAUAAUGCAUUAAUUUAUACACAGAUAAAGUUAGGAAAUCUUUUUGCAGCUCAGUCCCUGGAGAAAGAGAUGCUUUUAUAUGGUCUUCACCCUGAUUCAGUUACUUACAAUCUGUUGAUCGGUGGUGCUUGUAAUCUUGGCCUGAUUCACUUAGCACUUAAGUUACAUGAUGAGAUGUUGAGAAAAGGUUGUCAGCCAGAUGUAAUUACUUACACGGAACUACUUAAGUGGUAUUGUCUACAAGGUAUGAUGACAGAGGCAGACAAGCUCCUUGGCAAGUUACUGGGAUCUGGUUUAGCAGUUGAUCAUGUUCCCUUUUUAGUACUCAUGAAAAGAUACUGUCGAAGGAGAGAAUUUAAUAAAGUCUUUGACCUUUACCAAAAGUGGUUAGUGACAAUGCCUAGAUGAGAAUGCUUCCCCAGGAAUUGUUGUGAAGUUAAGAGCUACUCUAUUUGUAUUUAUUCCAGAAGAGACAACUUCUUCAGGCUUUGCACUGAUUGGCUGACAGAUUUUAGGUCCAGAAGCAUUGCCCUCAUAGCAGCGUUUGUCUUUGUCUCCCGGAGGUGAGAGGCGGAGCUCUAUUGAAGACUUAACUAACGAAAAAACAGACUCUGAAUGACUCUCAGAGCUACGUGAAAAGAUCUCUUGGGUGGCUUUGGCUCUAACUCAUACAUGUAUAAAAUUAAACAGCCAACAUAAAUGCAAUCGGAGUUGCUGCAAAAGAAGGAGAGGCGUUUGUGGUGUGGAUUUUUUCCACUUAUUGGUCCAAUAUGGAGCGAGUUGUCUGGUUAUAUGAUUUUGGGCAAUCUUCAUCUCGAGAUCUCUCUUUUUGGAAAAAUAAGCUCAAGGCCAAUCACCAAUAUGUGCCUUCACCCAACAAAUGUUUUCAUCUUGUGGGAUUUUACUGGAUGAUCAUGCAGGCUUCGCUUCUCUCAUUGAUGGCGAUUCAUCCAUCGCUACUAUUUGGUGUUAAAUGGUCUGUUUACAUCCUGCUGCUGACUCUGGUGUUGCAAACUACCUGUUAUAGGGUUAUUAUGAAGGAAAUGUAUUAGCCCAAAACUAUCAAGUGACUCAGAGGGUGUUUGGAUUAGCUUAAAAGCUGGUCAAACCAGAUUAAAAGCACAUUUCGGCUUAUUUUUGGUGUUUGGGAUCCAAACCUGUGGUCCUGAGGUUGUCACUCCAGCUCUUCAACUUCUAAGCCACUACUUUGGGGCAAUAAUUCAGAAAUACUCCAAAAGUGAAUGGUUUGGUUCUUUCUUUGUUCAUUUCUGAUAAUUUCAUGUCUAAUCGUGCCAUGCAGAGGGCAGCUGAAACUGAACUGCUGACCAGGUAUCCAUGUGGAGGAGUAAGUAUGAGGCCUAUGGUACGUGUUGUGUUAAGAGCUUGAAGUUGCCUCUAGAUCCUGCAACAUGUCAAACCACUGGGUCAAAUUCCCCUCGUUGUGCCAUUGUUUAUCCUUCAUGUGAAUGUCACUGCAGUAGCAAAAGUGGCAGUGAGAGUGGCAACAGCACCCCCCCCCCCAAUUCCCUCCUGGUAUCAUUGACGUUCAUGGAAUAACUAUAUAAUGAAUGAUUAACGGGACUAUAGAUGAUCAAAUGCGAAAAAAAUAAAAAAUCACAAUGCUCCUUAGAACAAAACUAGAAUUUUGAGAGUGACCAAAUGCAAAAUUCUAUCACAAGGCUUCUUAUUCUACAACGAUGGAGCUGUAAAACGAAUUGGAAUUCAAAACCUGACUUGCUGAUUUUAUUAGAGCUAAAAUUAACUCGUCUUGUAGCAUUUGAGAUUUGAAUAUGUCAAGGAAAAUUGUUGAAACCUACCAUUAUUGCA